ACUACCUAAUUCUUGGAUCAUGCAGAAUCUGAGACCCUUCGUUGCCAAGUGUUACCGCGGAUGGAGAUCGAGUGGAAAUCGCCAGUCUCGCGGUUUCUCUUCAUCAUCACCUACGGACCUACCAAAAAAUGAGUUGUCACCGAAGACUGAAGCAGCAUUGAAAGUUGGCCUCUAGUCCACGAAUGAACUAGAAUGUACAGUGGUGGUACCUCUUGCCGGCAGUUCUUAUAUGAAUAUUCAGAAAGGACAAAGGGCUCGAUGCAUGAGAGAGGCACUAGUAUCUGAGACCCUUCGUUGCCAAGGUACGUACGUCCAAGAUCUGAUUCUCGGUUGUUUUUUUCCUAUUAUUCGUGCGAUUGAUCUGUUGAUAGAAGAAUUACAGUGUUACCGCGGAUGGAGAUCGAGUGGAAAUCGCCAAUCUCGCGGUUUCUCUUCAUCAUCACCUACGGACCUACCAAAAAAUGAGUUGUCACCGAAGACUGAAGCAGCAUUGAAAGUUGGCCUCUCUCUUGCAGCCGAGAAGGGGAAAAAAAUGGCAUUUAAUCACGACUUAAAUUUUUUCAAACUUAAUAAACAUCAAGUGGUGUUUUAUGAUGAUGAUGAUUCCAGACAUCCAGUCGGAGAGUCCACGAAUGAACUAGAAUGUACAGUGGUGGUACCUCUUGCCGGCCGUAGUUAUUAUAUGAAAUGCAAAUUUCAGGAAGGACAAAGGGUUCGAUACAUGAGCGAGGCACUAGAUCUUGGAGCCGAGUUGACAGAUCUUGCAGCCGCAACAGGGAAAAAAGUGGCAAUUGCAGUCGAUCUUAAUCUUUUCAAACCUAUUCAAGCUCAAGCGGUGUAUUACCAUGAUCUAGCUGAUAUAGACAUACACAUAUAGUUGUUGUGUCUAGUACGUACCCUGCCUUUGGUUGUGUUCAAAUGUAUGGAUAAUCAUGGCAUAAUAAAUAUAAGCUCGUUCUGGCGUUUCUUCAUAUUGAUUAUGAUUUGAGGUCUCUGAAAUAUCUAAAAACCAAAUCAUCAAUCUUUUAUUAACAAACAGAUUAAUUAUUC